AUGGCCACAACCCUUCAUCGUCGGCCCAUCAAGGUGGUCACCGAUAGUGAGGACGAUCAGUCUGACAUUCGACACCGAAGCGAUUUCCACAUUACCAGUCGAAGAGUGUCCACUGUUCUCGAAGAGAAGCACGAAGACAAAAAGAAACGCCAGACGUAUCAGGGGUUGACACACACCAUCCCUAUUCACACGUUAAGCAAGGCCUCAGUCUUAUCAAAGGAAGCUCCACCAGAAAACUACAAUGGAUUCAUUCGCUUAGGAAUGCUGGUAUUGGGUGCAAGCAACAUUCGACUUAUCAUUGAGAAUUGGAUGAAGUAUGGUCUUCUUAUUCGAUUGCCACACAGCUACAUUCCCUAUCAAGAUUAUGGUUUAUUUGUAUUGGCGUGGCUCAGUGUACCUCUCAGCUUGGGGAUCAGCAUGGUGGUGGAAUACGCUAUGGCCAAAUUAGCUAUCUGGGCAAGGGACACCAAGCCGGAUGUACAGAGCAAAGUGGCCGUAUUGGAGCGCGUAGCAUCAGCCAUGCACAUUAUUCAUUUGACAUUCUUACUUGCAUACCCAUCGUACAUUGUAUACACCAAGAUUUACCAUCCACUCGUUGGCUCCGCUGUGGUCGUCAUUUGUCUCAUUGCCUUUCUCAAACUCACUUCCUAUGCACUCGUCAAUCGUGAAUUGCGUCAACUCUAUGUGGAUGGAAAAUUGGAUCAACAGGAUGAUGAUGAGGAUGAUGAUGAUGAGGAUAACGAGGUGGAAGAUAAGGAUGCAAGAUACCCCAACAAUAUUCAUCCAUCCAAUUUGGUCUAUUUCUUCUUUGCGCCCACGCUCUGUUAUCAACCCUCUUAUCCACGCUCUCCCGAGUUCCGAGCCACUUUCUUCCUCAAGCGUGUAGGCGAACUCGUCGUUUGCCUUGUGAUGAUGUAUGUCUUGACCGAGCAAUAUGCAAAACCCACUUUGGCCAAUUCCUUGCGUGCACUCGAAGAUCGUAACUUGGUGGUCAUCAUCGAACGUGUUCUCAAGUUAUCCACUACGGCUGUUGUCAUUUGGCUGCUUAUGUUUUAUGCCUUGUUCCACGCGUUCUUGAAUGCGCUUAGUGAGGUGUUACGAUUUGGUGACCGUACCUUUUAUCUUGCAUGGUGGAAUUCAGGCAACUUGGCGACCUAUUGGCGAUUAUGGAAUCGACCUGUCUAUCUUUUCUUCAAGCGUCACGUGUACAUUCCUAGUGUGCAAAAGGGCAUGUCGCCAGCCGUAUGUCAGCUGUUGGUCUUUUUGGUGUCCGCUGUGUUGCAUGAAGUCCUUGUUGGUGUCCCUACCCAUGCUAUUACAGGCUUUGCAUUCUGGGGCAUGUUUGGUCAAAUCCCUCUUAUUGCACUUACACGUGCAUUGGAAAAGUGGCGUGGCAAGGAUAGUGCAUUAGGAAACACCAUCUUUUGGAUAUCAUUCUGUGUAGUCGGACAACCUACCAUCGCUCUUUUGUAUUACUAUCAAUGGGCAGCCACUCAUAAGGAUGGUAUGCCUUCUUAA